CUCAUUUUUAUUUAGUUGGUGUGUCUCACUAGCUGAUUUUAACACAAACGCAUAGCCCUCUCUCCCUCCCUCCCUCCCUCCCUCCCUCUCUCUCUCUCUCUCUCUCUCUGAGGAUUAUAUGCAUGAAAUCCAUUGGACGUCCGCAUAUAUGCAUCUCAUGUUCAUGUAUGCCGAUGCAUUUAUGGGUUUGUUCCUGACUUUAGGCCCCCAUGUUGCUGGCUUGAAUCAGAAAUCUGUGGUCUCUCAACUUCACCUGCCCUCUCUACUUUGUGCCGUCAGUUGGAGUUCAAAGGCUAAAUUUGGAGCUUUUCAAUUGUAGAUUAAACCGUGAUGCUUUCUUGGAAGCAGACAACAUCAGUCAGAUAUAUGUGGUAAAAGAGACGGAGUACAGCUAGUGAUCUGGCGGACUCUUACAUGAAUUUGUUUCCGGGCAUGCAAAACAUGAAUUAUUGUAUGUGGUUGGCGUUAAAAUUAUGUCAUCUAUAUAAACUACUGAAUGCUGAUCAGGGUGUUCAGUUUCAUCUUACAUGUGUCGGGAAUUGGCACAAAAGGCUGAAAACAUCCUGAGUCUAAUGUAUACGUAGUAGUUGAACUUCAACCACAUAAUUGAUUGACUUUAAAGUAACUUCUAAAGAUCAGCAGAAACAGGCUUGCAUGGUUUACUGCCUCUUUUUUUGUGUCUCCUCUAACAUCAUCUGUUCCAGCGCAUAUGAUAUCGCAGUAAAAAGAAGAUAUUCAAGUUUGGUUUGGUGUUGUUUUCUUCUUAUUUCUAGAUGAAACAAUUCCUUGAUCUAUAAAUCGAAAGGAAGCUUGCUGGGGCCGGGGUUUGCAUGCUGAAAAUCAUGAGGUCGGUUAACAGGCCUUAAUUUGUUGGAUGCGAGAUUUUUGGAUAAUUUCAUUUCGAAAUCAUCUGGAAAGGACACGUUCCAAUUUUGCAUAUGAAGGACUGAUCAAGAUCUUUGCAUAAGAAAGAAAGAAAGAACCAUCAUAUAUAUAAAAAUGAAGUUCAUGAAAAUUGGUACGAGGCCGGACACCUUUCACACAGAAGCAGCCACCAGGACGGUGAUUUCAGACUUACCUAGCGAUAUUGUCAUACAAAUUAAUGAUAUCGUUUAUCUUCUCCAUAAGCUGCAGUUUCCACUUCUUCCAAAGUGUGGCCUCUUACAACGCCUCUGCUCAGAGGCUGGCGAUUCCAACAACGUUACUGUCGAGCUUCAUGAUCUUCCUGGAGGGGAAGAUGCUUUUGAACUGUGUGCUAAGUUUUGCUAUGGGAUUACGAUUAAUGUCAGUGCUCACAACUUUGUACCAGCACUCUGUGCUGCUAAAUUCCUUGGAAUGAAUGAAACCGUAGAGAAGGGAAACUUGGUUCUCAAACUUGAGGCUUUCUUCACGUCAUGCAUUUUAGAAGGUUGGAAGGAUUCCAUUGUCACACUCCAGAGCACAUCCAAUCUACCUGAGUGGUCUGAGACCUAUGGAAUCACCAGAAACUGCAUCGAUUCCAUUGUUGAGAAGGUCCUCACACCCCCAGCAAAGGUGACAUGGUCCUACACUUAUACUAGACCAGGUUACUCAAAGAAACACCAACAUUCUGUCCCGAGGGAUUGGUGGACGGAGGAUAUAUCUGAGCUUGACAUAGACCUGUUCCGCUGUAUGAUCCUUGCCAUCAGAUCGACAUAUAUCCUGCCACCACAGCUAAUUGGUGAAGCCUUGCAUGUUUAUGCCUGUCGUUGGUUACCGGAUACUACAAAAAAUAAUCCUCUUGGGAAUUCAGUGUCUCAAACUGAAGAACUCAUGGACAAAUAUGGGCGAGUUCUUGAAAGUAUAGUGAACAUGAUUCCUGGGGAUCGAGGAUCGGUUUCAGUUGGAUUUUUGCUAAGGCUUCUUAGCAUAGCGCAUUAUGUAGGAGCCUCUCCAGUGAUAAAGACAGAACUCACAAGGAGAUCUAGCCUGCAAUUUGAGGAGGCAACAGUGAGUGACAUGCUAUUUCCCUUACACAUGACCUCUGAGGAGUACUCUUACGAUGUUGACUUAGUUGUGGCAGUAUUAGAAAGCUUAGUGGUGCUAUGGAGAAGACAGUCCCCUACAGCGGCAGAAAGCGGCCAGUUUUUGGGAUCCAUGAGGAAGGUUGGAAAGCUCGUUGAUUCUUAUCUUCAAGUGGUUGCAAAGGAUGUCAACAUGCCAGUAUCUAAAAUAGUAUCUCUUGCUGAGGCAUUACCAGAUAUUGCCCGGCCAGAACAUGAUGAUCUUUACAAGGCAAUCAACAUUUAUCUAAAGGAGCAUGCAGAUCUGAGUAAAGCGGACAAAAAGCGCCUCUGCCGGAGUCUAGACUGCCAAAAAUUGUCUCCAGAGGUACGUGCCCACGCUGUGAAAAACGAACGGCUACCAUUGAGAACUGUGGUGCAAGUCCUCUUUUUUGAGCAAGAGAGAGGUUCCAAGGAAACUAGUUACAAGCUACUGCCCUCGGAGCUGAGUCCUAGAGGAAAGCAGACACCAACUACAGUAGACAAUGAGGGUAAGCUAAAACUAGGUCCAGAUGAAAAGUUUAGUAGAAGGGAAGGCACAGGAAGGACCACCAUUUCUGGAAUUACUGAAAAAGAUCAACUCAAAAUGAAGAGAUCAGAUGGGAAAUUAUCCCUAGCAUUGGAAAGAAAGUUGACCAUUGGAGAAAUUGAGAAAGUGGAGUCGGAGAAGGGGAAGGAGAUUAGAGAAGAAGUAACGUCUAGGAGCAAGUUGGAUCCUAAAAAGAUCAUACCAAAGGGAAGCAGAUCGGACCAUAGCCGUGACAAAGGUAGAGACAGAUAGUAAAUAGAGACCAUCCUGUUUCUGAUUCAUCUUACUGUAAUUGGCCUUUAUUCUGUUAUCAAAAUGUUUUUCUUUUAAACUGUUUAUAAGCCAUUUGCAU